GAGUCCAAGAGCCCAUUUGGCAUCAAAUUUGAUGACACUUUCCAUCACUGCUGUACUGCAGCGUAGCAGUCAAACUCUUCCCCUUCGUUCAUUUCUCUUUUUUACCCGCUUCUUCUAAACUUCUUGGAGGCCAUGGCCCAGCUAGGCCCAUAACUUGCUUGUUGUGCUUUGGGCGGUUUGCUCUCCGUUGCUCUCAUGUGGGGCUCGUCGAAUUCCCCAAUGUUUCGGCAGAGUCAGAGUCAAGCCCCUCCUUCCUGUUCAACAGUGCUACAUCCAGAAUUGGCCAUCGUGAUAUCUGAUGGAGGAAAUUUGGCUACAAAUAAAACAAAUGCUGUGCAAAAUGAAUGCAAUAUGGAGAUGGUCCUAGGUCAAACUAAGAGGCUUGAAGAAGAUCUACAAAAGCUGGGAUACAAAAUCAAACAUCAUGAGGAAAAAAUAGAACAUUUGAAGAUUCAGUCUUAUAACUUAGACAACUCAAUCAAAGACAUCAAAGGUAACCUCCGAUCGCAUCGUUCAUCAAAGAAAGCUGAAGCCCUUUGUCACAAUGGUGAAAACAAGCAAGCUGAACAAGAAACUGUUGAUCAGAUAUUACUGCAGGACAAAAGAGCCGCUGGUCUAUUAUGUCGGAUAAAAGGCUUGCAAACAGCGGAUUGCCUUUUGUUCAAAGAUGUUCUUGGUAUAGUUGCAACACUUGGAAAGGCACCAGAUGAUAACCUUAGCAGGCUUUUUUCAGAGUACCUCGGAUUGGAGAAGAUGUUGGCAAUUGUGUGCAAGACGUAUGAAGGCAUAAAAGCUCUUGAAAAGUAUGAUGGUGAGGGCAAGAUAGACUUAAGAUCUGGCCUACAUGGACUUGGGACAAGUAUCAGAAGACCUAUCAGUGGAAGAUUCCUGGCAAUUUGCCUUGAAGAUCUAAGGCCUUAUGUAGGAAAACAUGUGAAGGAGGAUCCACAGAAAAGGCUUGAUUUGUUGAAGCCUAGACUUCCAACUGGGGAAUACCCACCUGGCUUUCUUGGCUUUGCAGUGAAUAUGAUUACUGUGGACGUUAUGCAUUUGAAAUAUGUUACGUCAUCUGGCCAUGGGUUGAGAGAAACAUUGUUUUAUGCCCUUUUCUCCCGUUUGCAAGUGUAUAGGACCAGAGCCGAUAUGGAACUUGCUAUUCCAUACAUAAGUGACGGUGCCCUCUCCUUGGAUGGUGGAAUGAUUAAAAGCUGUGGUGUGUUUAAGCUUGGCCGGAGGGAAGACAUCGAUGUGAGGUUUCCUGUGAGUUUGAAUGCUUCGUCAACGACACUGAGCAUACUUGAAUCCGAGGAACAACUUAAGCAGUUGAUCUGGAACAGAGAGCGGAUAGAUGAGGACAUUGGAAGGGAGAAGUUUGUUUUGGAUAAUGUCAGAACAAUGUAUAACAAGAAAAGAGGGGAACUUGUGAAUUUUCUAGCUCAGAGUGCUCCAUUGGCAGACAAGGCUCUUCUUGGGCAGGAGAGAAACGGAAUCAGAUAAUCGAAGGAUUGCAUUGAUCUGUGCUAAUUUGAGCAGGAACUAUGUUGGCCACCAUGGAGUUCUACCGUCCUUAUCUCCAGUUUCUUAUUUGCUUUCACCUAUAGCAUCGGUUGAUUCUGCAGGGAGAGGAACGGAAUGAGAUAAUCAAAGGAUGUAUGCUAGCUGCACUUGCUUGAACGGGAAUGGUGUUAGCCGCGCUUUGUAUUGUACUCUGUUUCUUCCUCCUAGCAUGAUGCCACUAACAGGAGAACCAUUGUCAUAGAAAGUUAGAGUUGAUUGGAGAACGGCGGAUCAAACCAGGUUGCUGAAGAGGCUGGCAACAGUGAUAUCGUGAAGGCUCUUGAAGGGUCUCUGUUCUCCCUACCAAAUUUACUGGAAUGUAAAUUAGGUCCUGAUUUUUGUACAUUUUGAACAGCACUAGUUCAAUGCAGCAUCCCUCUGGAAUAUGUGAUUCGAUUGCUGUUCUCAA